AAGCUCAGAUCCUAUUCACUUACACUUAAUUCGAACGACACUAAGGUCUCGCGAUCAGUAGAUCACCAGCCUUGCUCCGACGUUUAUUACGAAAAUUAUCGGUGACUCGGUGACAACUACACUGUGUAUUUGUAUUUUAGUUUGUUUAUUUAAAAAGAAAAAAGUUAAAUAAUUGCGAAUACGAGUCUCACACGUGAGAGAAAUUAUAAUCUGUGUGCAUCAACGAAAAACCCUGUGGAUUUCUUUAAUUAAUCGAAUAUAAAAUCAUAAAGAGGAAAAAAUGUCUUCAGCAAUAGCCAGAUCUUCAAAAUACUCUUAUCGAGCCAGCUCAACUGGAGCUGGUGCUUCCGAUGUUGCCAUUGAAUACAGUGCCGACUUGGCAGCCCUCUCGCGUUUGGAGGAUAAAAUUCGUCUCCUCCAAGAUGAUCUUGAGAGUGAACGUGAAUUGCGCCAAAGGAUCGAACGUGAGAAGGCCGAUCUCAGCGUUCAGGUUAUUCAAAUGUCAGAACGUCUUGAGGAAGCCGAAGGAGGUGCUGAAUCACAGUUCGAGGCCAACCGCAAACGUGAUAUUGAAUUGACCAAGUUGCGUAAACUUCUUGAAGAUGUUCACUUGGAAUCAGAAGAAACCGCACAUUUGCUUAAGAAGAAGCACCAGGAAAUCAUGGCCGAUUUCCAAGAACAAAUUGAUCUUCUAACAAAGGCAAAAUCUAGGGCCGAAAAAGAAAAGAGCAAAUUCCAAGCUGAAGUCUAUGAAUUGAUGUCACAGGUUGAAGCCAGCAACAAGGAGCGUAUCAUGAGCAGCAAGCACAUUGAAAAGCUUGAAAUCACAAUUACCGAACUCAACAUCAAAAUCGAAGAAUUGAAUCGCACCAUUGUUGAUAUCACCUCCCACAAGACCCGCUUGUCGCAAGAGAACAUUGAAUUGAUCAAGGAAGUCCAGGACUUGAAGAUCAACAUUGAAAGCAUUAGCUACUCAAAGACCCAGGUCAUUUCACAAUUGGAAGAUGCUCGUCGUCGCCUUGAGGAUGAUGAACGUCGCCGUUCUUUGUUGGAAUCGUCCCUCCAUCAAGUCGAGACCGAAUUGGAAUCAUGCCGUGUCCAACUUGAAGAAGAGUCUGAGGCUCGUUUGGACUUGGAACGUCAAUUGGUCAAGGCCCAAGGUGAAGCCCAACAAUGGCAAUCUAGGUACCAGACUGAAGCUGCCGCUCAUGCUGAGGAAAUUGAAGAACAACGCCGCAAAUACACAGUUCGCAUUACAGAACUCGAGGAACAUAUUGAAACUCUCCUCGUGAAAAUCAACAAUUUGGAGAAGCAAAAGAGCCGUCUCCAGAGCGAAGUUGAAGUUCUUAUCAUUGACUUGGAGAAGGCCAACAGCUCAUGCCGGGAAUUGCAAAAACGUUGCGACUCCUUGGAGAAAGCCAAUAUUGAAUUGAAAUCACGUUUGGAUGAAACCAUCCAAUUGUAUGAAGGUGCUCAACGUGACUUGAGAAACAAACAAGCUGAAAUCACCCGCUUGAAUCAUGAAUUGGACAAGACCAGGGAUGCCAACAACCAACUUACUCGUGAAAACAAGAAGUUGGGAGAUGACCUUCAUGAUGCUCACAAUACAAUCACCGAAUUGACCCGUCGCCUCCAUGAACUCGAAAUUGAACUUCGUCGCCUUGAGAAUGAACGCGAAGAACUUACAGCUGCCUACAAAGAAGCCGAAGCUGGUCGCAAAGCUGAAGAACAACGCGCUCAACGCCUUGCCUCUGAAUUCAGUGAAUACCGUCAUCAUGCUGAACGUCGCCUCGCCGAGAAGGAUGAAGAAAUUGAAGCUAUUCGCAAACAAACUGCUAUUGAAAUUGAACAACUCAAUGCCCGUGUCGCCGAAGCUGAAACCCGGUUGAAGACCGAAGUAGCACGCAUUAAGAAGAAGCUUCAAAUUCAAAUCACCGAAUUGGAAAUGUCCUUGGAUGUUGCCAAUAAGACCAACAUUGAUUUGCAAAAGGUCAUCAAGAAGCAAUCGCUGCAAUUGACUGAACUUCAAGCUCACUACGAUGAUGUUCAACGCCAAUUGCAACAAACUCUUGAUCAAUUGGGCGUCGCACAACGUCGUCUGCAAGCAAUCACUGGUGAAUUAGAAGAGGUCCGCCUCAACUACGACAAUUGCCAACGUGCCAAGCGCGCUGUUGAAUUGCAAUACGAAGAAGCUACCACCCGUAUCAGCGAAUUGAGCGUCCUCAAUGCCAAUAUUGCCGCUUCAAGGGCUAAGAUCGAACAAGAAUUGGCCAUUGUUGCUGGCGACUAUGAAGAAAUUACCAAGGAGCUUCGUCUGAGCGAUGAACGCUACCAGAAAGUUCAGGUAGAGCUCAAGAGCACCAUCGAAUGUCUUCAUGAGGAACAAGAACGCAUCAUUAAGAUUGAAACCAUCAAGAAGUCCUUGGAGGUUGAAGUCAAGAACUUGUCGAUCCGUCUUGAAGAAGUUGAGGCCAAUGCUGUUGCCGGAAGCAAACGUAUCAUCAGCAAAUUGGAAGCACGCAUUCGCGAUUUGGAACUCGAACUCGAAGAAGAGAAGAGAAGGCACGCCGAAACCAUUAAGAUCUUGAGGAAGAAGGAACGCACAGUUAAGGAAGUCAUGGUUCAAUGUGAAGAAGAUCAAAAGAACAUCAUCUUGCUCCAAGAAUCAUUGGACAAGGCCACCGCUAAGAUUAACAUGUUCAAACGUCAAUUGACAGAACAGGAGGGUAUGUCUCAACAAUCCGUUACCCGUGUCCGCCGCUUCCAACGUGAACUCGAAGCCGCCGAAGACCGCGCCGACGUUGCCGAAACAAACUUGAACUUGAUCCGUGCCAAGCAUCGUACAUUCGUCACAACAUCAUCGGUCCCUGGCUCUCAAGUCUACCUUGUUCAAGAGAGCAGAACGAUCACCGAAUAAACACCCAAUUACCAACCACAACAGUUUAUUUAUCUAAACUAAAAACAAUCCAACAUUAUGAUGAUAAAACAUCUAUAAAACAAAAGAGCAUAUAACUUAAAUUUUAUUUACAGCAAAAUUAAAAGAUACAAAAAAGUCCAGCAACAAAUUACUGAUAUUAUUCCCUCAAUACAUCUUGAAUAACUUUCCCUUGGUUUUCCAUUCGUAUAGUCGAAAAAAGAUUCGUCACUAUUCUAGGUACGCAAUAGGCAAGUUGAGAGAAAAUUUUUAAAUCAUUCUAAACCCCGGUAGAAAAUGAAUAAUCCCGAAAUAAUCCACCAAACAGAUUGAGAGGGAAGCUCAAAAAACCCAACCAGCUCCGCAUUAGAAUCACUGAUUGUGAGAAAAAGAGAGAGAGAAAAAGUAAAAAAUGACGAACAAUUCUUUUAGGUUUUAAGGACAUCGAAAUGAAAAAUUCAAUUUUUCAAAAGAAACGCCAUCGAUCGGGAUUAUCCAUCAAUCAUCUCUAUAUUUAUUUUACUAAUUAUUAUAAAUGUAAUUUAUAUAAUUCUAUAUUAAAACAAAAAUACAUUAAAAACAAAAAAGCCAAAAUCAACAUCUUAUAUUAAUAAUAUAAUUCACUGCAGUGUGUCAAUUAUGCACCUCAGAUAAACGAACCUAAGACAAAUCGCUCAAUGUGUUUUUCUUCCCCCACUCUCCACCUGAAUGCUACACAGAAACCACUGCAAAAACUGCCAGCCACCCACACAAUCGCAUUGUUUUACAACCAAAGAGUCACCGUUCAGCACUGCCUUUACCAAGAGAGUUGUUGUCAAAGAAAUUGUUUAGUGACUUUAAUAAAAUUUAAGGACCGCUCUUUGUGAUCAGCGAAAGAACUCUGUUACGGUAUAAAUAAACGAGACCUUGUGUUACUUGAA